CAGAAAGACAGUGCUACUCUCUCCAGUUCUCCUGUGGGGAAAAAGUUAUCUGCUCAUUUUCCAAAUUGUGAAAAACAAAACAGAAAUUUCAAAACAGACAGAAACUUAAAAGGAAUGAAACUGUUAGUGGCCUGCCUUUUCUGCUUGCUACUGGACUGCCUGGCCAUUCCUGUGGCUGAAUGCCAAAUCCUUGAGCAAUCCAUGGAAAUCAGAAAUCCUGAUAUUGACCCUUCUUGGUACACUGGACGAGGAAUUCGACCUGUGGGACGGUUUGGUAGGAGAAGAGCUGCUGGAGGAAGUGAUCAGAAAUCUGGCCACAUGCAUCGGCAAGCUUGCUUCCCUUUGGAAGACAGCAAUGAAUUAAUUCAAGAUGAAUGAUGCUACCAACAUGAGAAUUUAGAAUUGUGACAAGAAAUAGUAGAAACACAUGCACAAAUGCAUACACAUGUGCAUGCGUGCUCGCUUGCACAUGCACACGUGCGUGCACACACACAUUCUCAUCCUCUACUGAAGUCAAAUAAAAAACAGCUGGAACUUGUUCUAUUUCUUUUACAGCUAAUACUAAAAGAGUAGUGUUUCACUGAAGAA